AUGGAUUUGGACGUAGAAUUUUCUGAUUCUUCAACUGACAGUAUUGGAAAUAGUAAGUCUACAAAAGAUGUGAAAUUGACGACAAUCAGUAGGGAUGAAUCCAAACCAAAGGAAACUGGACCAGUAUAUCGUUCAAGAAGUGGGCGAGUAACAAGAAUGAAGUAUUCCAAUUUUUCAAAUAUAGAUGAAGAGGAUACUUCUUCAGAAGAAACCAGCUUGGACUCAUAUUCUUCUAGAAGAGAGCCUAGAAUGAAUAAUAGAAGACAAAUAACGAAUCUUUCACGCCAUAAUAUUGAUAAUGAUUAUGAAGAUUUUAAUGAAUUAGAUGAUGGUGAUAAUGAUAAUGAAAAGUCGAGUUUGAGUUUGGAAAAGUAUGAAGAUGACGAUGAUACCUAUAAUGAACGUGAUUCAAAUAGGCGAAAAAAUAGAAAAGACAAUAUAUCAGACAAGAAGAUCUCUAAAAAUGUUCCUAGAAGAACAUCAGGUAGAGAAAGGAGAAGUGUAAAUUAUGCAAGUUAUGCUGAUUCUUCUGAUUCUUCCGCAUCUUCAAUGAUAUCCGAUAACCUAAAAGAUAUUGAUAGUAUACUACUAGAUAGAAAUGAAGAAUUUUUGCAGGUUCCAGUGUAUAGUCGUAAUAUUGAUCGUAUAUUAUCCCAUCGUAUUAACCCUGAAUCUAAAGCAGUUGAAUACCAAGUCAAGUGGUCUGGAUACUCACAUUUACAUAAUACUUGGGAAACUCCAGAAUCUUUGUUAAGUGAAAAUACAGGAGGAAUGAGACGAUUAGAAAAUUACCAACGAAAAGUUACUGAAACUGAAAAUCGUCGGAAAUAUAUGACAGAAGAUGAAAUUGAACAAGAGGAUAUUACUUUUGAGAUUCAAAAACAACUAGAUUUAGAUGCUUUAAUUCCUGAGAGAAUAGUUGAUGAACAUACUGAUUAUAUUGAAGAUGAAUUUGUUAAUAAAGCUACUGAAGAGAAGAAAAGAUUAGAAACUAGAUAUGAUAAAUUCUACUUUGUAAAGUGGCUUAGUUGUUCUUAUGAUCAAUGUACUUGGGAGUCAUACAAGACAUUGGAAGAUAACAACUUUUUAUCAUAUAUCAAAGCUUUUCAUAGAAGGAUGGAUUUAGUGACUCAGUACAAUAAAGACUGUGACUAUACAUUAAGAAGGCUGGGACUUACAUCUUUCGAACCCUACCUUUCUACACCAUUUUAUAUGGGCACUAUAGUUGAGGGGAUGAAGGAAUUAACUAAGAAACAUGAGGAUAUAUUGGAGUCUGUAGAUAUCCAGAAGAAGGAAAAUCCGAGAUAUAUGGACGAAAUAAAAGAACGUGAAGUAUCCGAAAUUACGGGGAAUUUAAAUGGAACAUAUAUAUUUCAGGGGACAGAAAGUGUAAAAAAAGAGCUUAUAGUAUCUGAGGAAAAUAAAGAGAGCCAAUCUAGUGAAGUUGUGGAAAACAAAGAUGAAGAUUCUUCUGAUUCUUUAUCUAGUAAUUAUAUUAAUCAGCGUAAAGAUCUUAGGGAUUAUCAGAUAUAUGGGUUAAACUGGAUGAUAUCACGUUUCAAAAAGAAUGUGAAUAUCUUAUUAGCAGAUGAAAUGGGACUUGGAAAAACUGUACAGACUAUAUCAGUUAUUGGGCAUUGUUUAUAUAUGGAGAAGAUAGUAGCUCCUUUUUUAGUUGUUGUACCUCAAAGUACAAGCGAUAAUUGGAUUAGAGAAUUUAAACACUGGUUACCUGAUGCAAAUGUUGUGUUAUACCAUGGGAAUGCCCAGGCUCGUGAAAUAAUUAGGGAAUAUGAAUUACGUAAGGUUGAUAUAGAGAAGAUAGAUGAUAAAGAGAGUGUUUUGAGCUCUGAUAAUGAUGAAUUUGUUCCAUAUUCUAAUAAAAAGAUUAAGGGAAAACAAGGGAAACAGAAAUCAAGCCAUAAACAUCUUUCUCGAUAUCGCUUCGAUGUUGUUAUAACUACCCCAUCUAUUCUAAAUAGUCCAGUUGAUUGUGACUUUUUGAGACAGAUUGAUUGGUAUAUGAUGAUAGUAGAUGAAGCUCAUCAAUUAAAAAAUAGAGAUAGCAAGCGUUUUAAGGAGCUUCAUGAAUUUUCAACAAUGUAUCGUUUACUUCUAAGUGGUACACCAUUACAUAAUAAUUUAGAGGAAUUAUGGAGCUUAUUACACUUUUUAAAUCCCCAGAAGUUUAUUUACUAUCAAGAAUUUCGUGAGAGAUAUCCAGAUAUAGAGAAUCCUAACGUUAUUGGUAGUAGUAAACAGCAACAACUAGAGAAUUUGCAGAAUGAACUUCAAGAAUACGUUUUAAGACGUGUAAAAAAGGAUGUAGAAAAGAGUUUACCCAACAAAGUAGAAAGGAUUUUGCGGAUUGAACUUUCUCCACAACAAACAGUACUAUAUAAAUCAAUUCUAACUCGAAAUUAUGAGGAACUAAGUAAAACAACGGGAGGUACAAAGACAUCUUUGCAGAACAUUUGUAUGGAGCUUAAAAAGGUAUGUAAUCAUCCAUUUUUAAUUCAUAGACCUGAAGUUGAUUCAAGUCAAGGAAUAACUCCUGCUACAAUUCAACACCAGUUAAUAUAUGGUUGCGGCAAGCUAUGUUUGCUAGAUAAGCUUUUGUCUAGACUUAAAGAGAAAGGAAAUCGAGUUUUGAUAUUUUCUCAAAUGGUCAGGAUGCUUAACAUAAUAUCAGAGUUUCUCAUUCUUCGAGGUUUCAGACACCAGAGAUUGGAUGGAACAAUGGGUAAAGAGCUAAGAAAGAAGGCAAUGGAUCACUUCAACUCUCCUAAUAGUGAUGAUUUUUGCUUCUUGUUAUCUACAAAGGCUGGGGGCUUGGGAAUUAAUUUGACAACUGCGGACACAGUAAUUAUUUAUGAUUCUGAUUGGAAUCCUCAAAAUGACUUACAAGCUGAAGCUAGAGCUCAUCGUAUAGGACAAACUAAACAAGUACAAAUUUAUAGACUUGUAACAAAGGAUUCUAUUGAAGAGAACAUUUUAGAGAGGGCUAAAACUAAAAUGGUUCUGGAUACUUUGGUAGUACAGGGAUUGAAUAACACUAGUACGGGUUCACAUAAUAAACAUCAAAGUCAUAGUACAUCUAUAGCAGCUGCAAAUAUAGCUUCUCAACUCUUAUAUCCUAAUGGAAAGAAGAGUGGUAGUGGAGCCUCAUUUAGUAGAGAUGAGUUAGCUAAAAUUUUGAAAUUUGGAGCUCAGAAAUUGUGGAGUAAUAAAGUAAAUAAUGCAAACGAAGGAGGUAACCAACAUUUUUCGGAAGAAAAAGGUGAUAAUGCAGAAUAUAGGGUGGCAAAUGUUCAAAAUGAUGAAGAUCGAGCUUUUGCUUCACAAAUAGAUCUAGAUAAAGUCUUGGCAGAUGCAGAGGAACAUGUACAUGACACACAAGGAUUAGCAGAUGGUUUGUUACGAUCCUUUGCCAACAUAGCUGACUUUAGAUAUGAAGCUCCACCACUUAUCAUAGAUAAAAAUACUGGUAUAUUAAAACAAGCUACGGAGACUAAUGAUGACAAUCAGAUAGACUUCGAUAGUAAGGAGUUUUGGGAAAAAACUAUUCCUGAAGAAGAGAGAAAAAAGAUUGAAGAGGAGAAUCGAAAGAGUAUGAUAGUCACUGGGCCUAGAAAGAGUGCUAUGCGUGAUGGAUCCUUAAGAUAUAAAGGUGAUAGUUAUACUUUAGUUGGAAAUGGGGAGUUCACAGAAUUAGAUACAAAGUCUCUGACAGAUUUCAAUGGGGAUUUAGAUGAUAUAGAAGAGAGCGGAGGAAAUCGUAAAAAGCAAACAAAGAAACGUUCAAAGGAGAAGAGUUUGAAAAAUAAAAAGGGUAGUAGUAAAUCUAAGAGUGGAUCACUUGAAAUGAGUCCACUAGGACCAUAUAAUAAACAUUUUACAGAUACAAACCAGGUUAGUGAACUUGAUUCUGCAAUAACGGACUUAAAUGGGAAUGAGGCAAAUGGAGACUCUCAAGGGUUUCAUAAGAUUGAAUACCCAAUGCCUAUACACUCAUUAGAAAGUAGAGAUGACUUUGCACAACUAAUGGCGGAGAUUACAAAUUACUCUCAUGUUUAUUGUGAAGAAGAUGAGGGAUAUCCAUUUGAUUCGAAUAAAGCUUAUAGGGAAGUUUCAUUUAAUCAACAUUAUGUGAGAAGUGGUAAGAGAAUGAGGAGAGAUUCUCGUGUUCUCCAUCCAAAAAGACGUUUUAAACUUUUUAGAGCUCUUUUAAAGUAUGGAGAUCCUUAUAGACGUUUAGAUGAUAUAAUGCUUGAGACACGUUUCAAAGGUAGGAUAGAUCAUGGUAUUAUUCUUAAUGAAGCUCAAAUAAUCAUUGCACUUUGCUUUGAGAAAAUAAAGAACCAAUCUAUUGAUGACAUGAAUGAUAAUAAGUGCGGAACAAGUAACAAGCUUGGAGAAGUUGAAAUUUCAGACACACAAACUUGCAAUACUAAUGAGCCAGCUGAAAUACAAGAUAAAUCUAUUUCAGAUUUUAAUUUUGAGGGUGAUGUACAUCAAAAUAUGCCAACUGGAAAUAUUGGGACUACAAACUUCAUCAAUAAUCAGGAUUUAAUAAUGAAGGACAUUGAUAUAUCAAUACCAAGUGAAAACAAGGUAAUAUCUGAACAUGAUAUUAAUAAAAAUAAUAUAAACAUUGAUAAUAUAGAUAUCUUGGAUACAGAAGAGGUAACAGAAGAUAUAGAGACUCAAGGACAAUUAUCAAUAGUAGGCAAUAAGACUCUUAAGAAAAAUUCACUACUUUUAGGAAAUAACAGAGCUAAUGCUCCUGAAUUAAUUGAUCGUUUGAGAAUGUUAACAGCUUUAGAUAAACUUAUGAGAGAAUGUAAUCCUGGAAUAAAUCAGCCUUGGAAGCUAUCUACAGGUCCCCUACCUAGACCAAAUAGAGAUGAUAUUAAAAGGGAUGAAGAAGAAGAAGAAGAAGAUGAAGAUGAAGAUGAAGAGGAAGAUCCACAGUUCAAAAGUACGGGGAAGAAACCAAAUUUGGCAACGAACAAUAUUGUUAACAAUCAGAAUAUAGUUUUGAGUCAGAAAUUCUCCAAUACUUCAACCAUUUAUGACUCACCUUCUACUGUAGCCAACUCAAAUCCCGAAGAGAAAUAUCUACAAUUGGAACUACCUCCUAUUCUUAUAAAAGCCCUUCGCACUCCAACAUGGGGUAUACCGUGGUCAGUUGAUAUUGAUAUUAAUAUCCUCAAGGGAAUCUAUGUUUAUGGAUUUGCAAAUUGGACAAUGAUGUCUUUGGACCAGAAUUUGUGCCUGUCAUCUAUUCAGCAAGUUAAGUUUGACAAGUUAAAACAAAGAACUCUGAGGAUUAUGAAGCAUCUAUACUCAGUGGUAUCUAUUGGUAAAACUGCUAGGAAGAAGAGAAGAAUGUAUACAGGUACAUCUAACGAACAGGAUGGUGAAUCUAUAAAGUGCGAAGUUCCUAGUUCUAAACGUAGAAAGAACCAAAAGAAACUUGAUGUAAUAGUAGAUGAAGAAGAUUAUACCUGUUCCAAUAGCACACCGAGACCCCUAACAGUUGGAGGUAGAAAAGGACUACCUGAAGUGGUUGUUGAUUUGCUCUCAUAUUCCAGAUAA